AUAAUUGUGAGGAAUUUGCAAAGUAUAUAUUAUUAUCAGUUGUACCAGGCUAACUUCAAGUUUUAGCAUAUUUAAUAAUUAAUUUUCUCCACCAAUUAUAGUUAAAAUGAUGGAAUUAAAAUUUUGUAUUAAAUAGGCUGUGACAUUCUACCCCAUCUUGUAUGUGCUAAAUCUUAAAAAGAGUUGUAUUGUUUCAGGAGGUAAAAAUGUAUUGGAGCAGUUGGCACCCUGUGUUGCUAUGGCUUCUGAGUUUCAGCUGCAGUGCAAUAAGUGAAGAAAAUUACAUCCGUGAAUUAGUAAAGAAUCAAACAGGAGUGACAACUGAGCUCGAAGUGCAAGUAGACUACUGCCCUACUGACUGCAGUUGUAACCUGGAUGGAACUGUGAACUGUGCUGGGGUGGACCUAAAGGAAUUUCCCAAGAACUUAUCGCAAACGAUAUUACAUCUGUCUUUGCAGAACAAUGCUUUGGAAGUGAUCCCACUGGAGGAGUUAUCAAGGCUGCAGAGUCUGGAGACUUUUAAUUUACAGAAUAAUCGGCUUACAUCUAAAGGUCUUCCUGAUGAUUCAUUCCGUUCUCUUAAGAAUUUGCUGUAUUUGUACCUGGCAAACAAUAAGUUAACAGUUGCUCCAAAAUACCUGCCGAAAACCUUGAUGAGUGCAGAUCUUGCAGCCAAUUACCUGACAAAGAUAUAUCCCCUCACUUUUGGGCAAAAACCAAGUCUAAGGUCUAUCUAUCUCCAUAACAAUAAACUGACAGAUGCAGGAUUACCUGAUCAUAUGUUCAAUGGAUCUGAUGGUGUUGGAGUAUUAAUCAUGUCCAGUAAUUUCCUGAAGUAUGUUCCCAAGAACUUGCCAAAAGGGCUGUUCAGAUUACAUUUAAAAAACAACAAACUGGAAAAGAUUCCAAAGGGAGCUUUUGAUCAUCUUUUGAAUCUCCGUGAACUAUACCUUCACAAUAAUUUUAUAACCAAUGAAGGAAUGGACAAUGAAACAUUUUGGAAACUGUCAAGCUUGGAAUACCUGGAUUUGUCGAGCAACAAUCUGACUCAAAUACCAAGAGGGUUACCUCGAAAUAUUAUCCUCCUGCACUUGGAGAAAAAUGCCAUUAAGUCAGUACCUGCUAACUGGCUGACACAGAUAAAAAAUCUUGAAUACCUCUUGCUUCAUAAUAACAAGAUAAGGGCAAAAGCAAUUCACCCACUUGCGUUCAAGGGACUUAAAAAGCUCCAUACCUUUCACCUCUACAAUAAUUUGCUUGAAAGGAUCCCAAGUGGCUUACCGCGGCGGGUGAAGACGUUAAUGCUUCUCCACAAUCAGAUCUCAGAAAUUUCCAGAAAUGAUUUUGCUUACACAUAUUUUUUGACAGAACUUAAUCUGAGUUACAACAAACUAACAAGUCCAAAAAUCCACCCUGAAGCAUUCCGGAAAAUGAGGCUGCUUGAAUCGUUGGAUUUUUCUGGAAAUAACCUGAAUGUAGUGCCCAGUGGUCUGCCGAAGAAUUUGCACAUAUUGAAGCUAAAGGAAAAUGAAAUCAGCUCAAUUCCUGAUGGCUCACUCUCCAGAAUGACAAAACUUAAGGAGCUCUUCCUGAGUAAUAACAAACUUAAACUGAACUCGGUCUAUUCAGGAGCAUGGAAACAACUGCCUGCACUCCAGCUUUUGGAUUUAUCAGGCAAUCAGCUUUCCCAUAUUCCUACUGAUCUACCUGAGUCUCUUCAGUACAUUUACCUUCAGAACAAUCAAAUUUCUGUCAUUCCAGAGAAUGCUUUUGAAUCCACGCCUAACAUCAAAGGGAUUUUUCUUAGGGACAACAGUCUAACAACAACUAGAGUGAAAGUAUUUGAAAAGCUGAAGUUCUUACAAGUACUGGAUAUGGGCCCCUACACAGAGUCCAUUUCCACAUCCACAAAGGAAAACGGCACCUCAGAAGACAAUUCAGAGAAUGAUUCUGACCAAGCUAUUCAGAAUGACAAGUAAUCACCCAUGAACAAUAAUCAAGACAUUUAGCCUUGUGUUUUCCAUAUACAAAGGUUGUGUAUGUGUAAUCCUCUCUUCCUAUGACUUUAAGCUCACUCCAGUCUACGUACCCAGUGAUGCCUUAGCUCCCUGUUGUUUUCCACCUCUUUUACUACUCACUCAUUUCUUUCAACUAUACCUUUGGUAUCAUGUCAUUCCAGAUCAAGUACUCAAUUUCACCUCCCCAGCUUCACUCUUGCUGUUGUUAUCACCCUGAAGAAUAGUUGUGUUUAGCAUUGGGUUUUCAUGCACAAAUGUUAUGUACUUCUGCCAUCCAAAUCUGUGUACCCUUUUAUCACCCUUAAAAAAAGUCUUCUUAAUUCACAGAUUUUUAGUCCUCUGGUUGUUUUUCAUUACCAGAGUGUUGUUUUACAUCCAUAGUGUCUCUGCUCCUUAUCCAAUGAUCCCAAAUCCAGUUUAUUUGCUGCCAUAACUAUGAUAUUUAAAGAUUCAAGCAAAUAUAUCUCCUUAUGUCCACCACCUCCUUGGCCUUUCUAACAUUAUCAACAAUAUUUAAUCUUCUCCAAAGAUUCUGACAUACUGUCUGCCACAGGGAUGACACCUCAUGAACUUCUCUCAGUAUUAGUAUUAUCUGCAUGCAAUGCCACCUCCUCCUCUGUUCCUCUGAUCACUUCUGGUUCUGCCUUUCAUUCAUGACUAUAGCAUUACUAAAAUUUAAGAACAGAGUUUGUUUCCAUAAUCUGUUUCUGCCUCUUCUUAUUUCUGAGCCAACGGUCAUUGCUUUUGGUUUUGAAAUUGCCUGUGAGAUAUCAUUUGGGCCAAAGCUUCCCCUAGCUGAGACUCUUGAGUCCCCAUGUCCGGCUUCCAUUCCAUCACUCUCUUUAUCAAUAUCUCAAAAUGAAUCAAGGGUUGUGGAAAUUUGGCAUUCCGUUUAGUCCUGAUAUAAAAAGAGAAAAUUCUGGCAAGAGUCAACAAGCAUGUAAGCACCCGUGGAGAGAGAAACAGAGUUAAUGUUUCAGAAUUCAACAGAAAUUUAACAUUUUCCAUCUAACAGAAAUGAGGAAAUUUAGAAAUCAUGAUUUGGACUGCAAUGAAGGGAGAGGAAUGCAGAGAACAAGGGGAAAUUGUAUCAUUUCUUAAUGCAUGCAUUACUAAAUGACAAUAAAAGAGGACUGCAUGUCCUCAUAAUCUAAUAAUCUAAUCUAAUACAUGCAUUUGGGACCAAGAGAAACAGAAUGACACAAAAGUAGUGAUGAUGCUAGCUAAGAGAUUGGGUGAAAGGCUGAUCCAAGUGAAGAAGGAUGUAGAGGAGGUGGAUGAAGCAAAGGCAAGAGACAAAACAAAGAGGCUGGAGCUGAAAUGUACAAAAUACUGCAGUUGCUGGGAAACUGUAAGAAAAAAAAUAUAUACCCAGCAGACAACCUUUGUAGAGAUUUGUAAUCCUAUUACUGAUGCAGUUUGAUGACCCUUUCAUCAGAACUGAUCAGCUCUGAUGCAAACUGAAAGAGCUGGCAAUUGCAAAUGGUGAAAUUCAGUUCGAUACCUACAGGCUGCAGCUGCCUUGUUGGAAGAUGGCAUGUUGAUCCUUGAGCAUACUGAAAUAAUAUAGAGACAUCUGGGUUCAGGUACAAUGGAAUGGAAAAUUGAAGUAACUAACAACUAAAAGCUCAACAUAGUUUCCUCUCCACAGAUGCUGCCUGACCUCUGUGUAUCUUCAACAUUUUGUUUUUAUUUCAAACUUGCAGCACCUGUCCCUCCUUCACCACUGAUUCUCUGUAAUCUUUCUAACAUUUCUAAUCUCUGUUUCCAUCUGUAGUGUUCUGUUGGCAAAAUCCUGAAACAUGUCUAAAUUAUUUCUUACAUUUGCCUCCCCCGCCCCCCCACCACUCCCUCUCCCACUGUAGCUGGAUCUCCCAACUGUUCUCCACAAGAUUCAUAAGAUCAAAUACAGUCCAUGUUUUUACCAAGAUUAGGUCUCAAUCCCCUAUCAUCUGCUGCCUCCAAGCUUACAAAAUGGCUGUGUCCUAAACAUUCUUAAGAAUUUCCUAUCAUCAAGUUCUUCCUGCCAUCUGUUUUAAUCCAGUGCAUAACCACACAUCUGAAAUACCUGCUCUCUCCUCAAUAUUUACAACUUUAUUUCACCACAGAGACUGGUGAAUGUUUGAAUCAAGCUGCCUUGCCUACCUUCCUCUCCUCUUCAAUCUCACCAUCAUUUUCAAGUCUCACCAUUUUGUCAUGUUCAUGUCCACAUUAUUGUUUCCUUCAUCAGUAUAAAAUACUGAGACACCUUUUGUAUAUAAAAAUAUGGUAUAAAAUAUGGUUUGUUUGCAGGGGAAGACAAUGGCAUUUGUUGGAUGAUAAUGGCAGAAUUGCUGUUACUGUACUUUUAUAAAUAAACCAGCUGAUUGUGUUUAUAUCCAUGUUAAUUAGAAUAAGUCUCCAAAUAACAAAUCUAUUAUCGAAAGUUAUAUAUCCUAAUUCAACAUUUCAAAGGUAAACUUCUUUUAUUGAAUAUGCCUAUCCCUUCAAAGGAUUGUUCUACCGUCAUGAACAAUGCAGCUUAAAGGAUUCCAUCCAGUCCACUGUGCCUGUGAUGAUGAGACAUUCUCAAUUAACUCUGGCUGUUGAUAUAGAUCAGGGGUUUCCAACCUAUUUAUGCCAUGGACCAAUACCAGUACACAAGGGGUCUGUGGACCUCAGGUUGGGAACUCUUGAUAUAGAUAAUAACUAUCACAUGAGAGUAUCACAAGAAUUUAAUUUUGGCAAUAAAAUUUAUUGUUUCUAAUUAGGUUUUAACUUGGUGCAUUUAG